AUGUCUCUCUCUGCCUCCGUCGUUGUUCCACGUGUUUUGUCAUCUCCUGCCGUCAUGAGACAAAACCCCCUGAAACGCAAACGUGACGACGAGAUCACUGUGCAUGAAGAAGAUGAUGUGCAUGAACAUACCAAACCGCAUCCACCGUCUUGGGAGACUCUAUGCGUUCUUGGCCCUUACAUGGAUCCAGAGACUCUCGCCGUUGCCUCUUGCGUCUCAACCACGUGGUUAGAGUGUUUCUCCUCGGACGAUCUAUGGAAGGCUCUCUUAACCACAAGGUCCUCACAGCGCUCUUCUCCCUAUGAGAUCGUAUUGAAAAACACUGAAAGCAUCUCGUGCAAACACCUUGUCUCCGCCGUUGAAACGGACGCCAAACGCCGACGCAAAGAUCAAGUCGCGGAACCUGUCAAGAUAUCACUCUCUGAUCUCAGCUUCAUCAUCCACGUGUCAACUAAAACAAACAAAGCAUCGGUUUACAAAAAGGGUAAAGAUCUCGAGUUUGGUCCUAGCGACAAGUUCCAGUUAGAAGCCGACGUAAGCAACGCAGCUAUCACUGCCGGUGAAGAUGACGUGAUGAUGACAUGGCAAGUCAUGUACAAGGAAAAGUUCUUCACAAUAGCUGAUACUACACGAUCGUUGGGCACAAAGAAUGGCUGGUUCACUGAUAAACUUGAGGACAAGUGUAACCGCAAGCUAGUAGGUGACGUCAAGCCGAGUUUUAAAGGCGAAGUUCUUGAGAAGAUUGGAUUUUCGGUAGUAGACUCAGAUGGCUGGGGAUCUCUGUUACUUGACGGGUUUUUGAGAUAUCUUCAGCGGUUUUUCUUGGAAUAA